AUGGCGAACAACCAGGAUCCCAGCAAUGUCGACGACAGCGACGUCAAGGAGGAGGAAAUCGGAAGUCCGCCUGACCCAACCGGUACCUACCAAAUACCGUCGGGGGCUACGGAUCUGUGUUCUGAGGCCGUAAAUUAUUUCUCCCAGUUUCCGUCUGACCAGUUUGGGCCGGAACAUAGCUUCAACCCUCACGUUAGUCGGCCAACCUAUGUCAACCAACCUUCCUCCGCGUUACCUCUCUCGUCCUACAAGGCAGAAGAUCGUGCGCAUGAGUCAAGCCAACCCGACGUGGCUCAGUGGAGUACUCAGGGUUUUAACCCGUUCGUAUCUGGGUUCGUCGAUGAGGAGCUGAACCGUAACAUCGCAGGCGGAUCCGUCUUUGAGCAAGGUUCCAUCCUUGGGGAGUCAGGGAGAACAUAUCAUAGUUACAAAGGUGACAUCAGUGGAUAUCUGCUCCCAAACGACCCUGCAGAACAGGAUCGUCUUGACCUUCAACAUGCCAUGAUGACCUACCUCUGGGACGGACGACUUACAUUGGCCCCCUUGCCUCGUGCCCCGCGGCUUGUACUCGAUUUAUGCUCUGGAACUGGCAUCUGGCCCCUGGAGUUCGGGAGAGCAAAUCCAACGUCGUUUGUUGUAGGAGUUGACCUCAGCAAGAUCCAGCCAGUUCCCGACGUGCCUAAUUGCCUCUUCGAGAGAAUGGACUGUGAGGAUGACUGGAUGUGGAGUCACCGCUUUGACUACAUCCACAUUCGCAUGAUAGCUGCUGCUAUCCGUGAUCCACAACGGCUGAUCCGGCAGGCCUUUCAGUAUCUUAAUCCAGGUGGAUGGAUCGAGAUGGGAGACGCGUAUGCGGACCUUCUGUCAGAAGAUGGGCCCGAUCGUGACGAUAGAGUCGAAGGAUCGUAUCUCAAGCGCUAUUAUGACGCGUGUGCCGCUGGUGCCGCUGUAUAUGGUGUGGAUACUCAUAAAGCCCAACAUUACAAGCCGUGGCUAGAAGAGGCCGGGUUCACUGAAGUAAAAGAAGAAAAGUUCAAGGCACCCUGUGGUCCAUGGCCGAAAGACCCUAAGGCGAAGAAGGUGGGCCAAUGGAUGCAAGCCAACUAUCUUUCGGGGCUGCGUGGAGUUGGAUACAAAAUGAUGAGGAAUGCCGGCAUGUCUCCAAGUGAGAUAGACGAGUUCAUUACAUCGGCGAGGGACGAGCUCACACGGAGCCGAAUCCGUGGUUAUACACCCUGGUACGCCGUUUAUGGUAGGAAACCGUUUGACUCAGAGGUGGCCACAAUCGGCAGCUUGAUAUCGUCGUUUUAUGGUGUGACGUGA